AUGGCCAGGCGCCAGCCACACCCCGGGUGUCGAGAGCACGGCGUGGGCGGAAACCCUUCGCAGAUGGAGGCCGUGGACGGCUGCACGGACUGGUCUGUGGACUACCUGAAGUACAAAGUGCUCGUGGGGGAGCCGGUGCGGAUUAAAUGUGCCCUGUUCUACGGAUACAUCCGGGCAAACUACACGCACGCGCAGGGUGCCGGCCUCAGCCUCAUGUGGUACCGCAGCACGGGCCACGGCGACUUCGAGGAGCCCAUCUCAUUCGAUGGCCUGCGAAUGAGCAAGGAAGAGGAUGCCAUUUGGUUCCGGCCGGCGGAGCUGCAGGAUGUCGGGCUGUACUCCUGUGUGCUAAGGAACUCCACGUACUGUAUCAAGGUGUCGAUGUCUCUGACUGUAGCGGAGAACGACACGGAUCUCUGCUACAAUUCCAAGAUGAGGUACUUUGAGAAAGCGGAACUGAGCAAAAGCAGGGAGAUCAUCUGUCCAGACAUCGAGGACUAUGUACAGCCUGGGAGGGAUCCUGCCAUUGUGUGGUACAAGGAAUGCAAGCCAAAACAGUGGAGGCAGAGCAUCCUGAUGAGGAAGGACACACUCUCCAUUCGGGAGGUGCGUGAAGACGACAAUGGGAAUUACACGUGCGAGAUCCAGUUUGGGGCCUUCGUAGUGAGAAGAACCACCGAGCUGAAGGUCACAGCCCCUUUGACAGACAAGCCCCCCAAGAUUCUCUUUCCUUCAGAGAACAAGAUGAUCACCAUGGAGAUGCAGAUGGGAAGUCCCGUGAACCUCACCUGUCGAGCCUUCUUUGGCUACAGCGGUGGCGUCAGCCCCCUCAUCUACUGGAUGAAAGGAGAGAAGUUCAUCGAGGACCUGGACAACAGCCGUGUUCGAGAGAGUGACAUCAAAAUCAUCCGAGAGCACCUGGGGGAGCAGGAAGUGUCAAUCUCCUUGACAAUUGACUCCGUGGAGGAGGGGGACCUGGGUAAUUACUCCUGCUACGUGGAGAAUGGCAACGGCCGACGCCAGGCCACAAUCCAGCUCAGCAAAAGAGAGCUUAUGUAUACAGUGGAGCUGGCUGGGGGCCUGGGGGCCAUCCUGCUGCUGCUCAUCUGUCUGGUCACCCUCUACAAGUGCUACAGGAUCGAGCUCAUGCUGUUCUACCGGAACCACUUCGGCAGCGAGGAUGUGGAUGGAGAAAACAAGGACUACGAUGCGUAUCUGUCCUACACCAAGGUGGACCCCGACCAGUGGAAUCAGGAGACCCGGGAAGAAGAACGCUUCGCCCUGGAGAUCCUUCCUGACGUCCUGGAAAAGCAUUAUGGGUAUAAACUCUUCAUUCCAGACAGGGACUUGAUCCCAACAGGAACCUACAUUGAGGAUGUGGCGCGCUGCGUGGACCAGAGCAAGCGGCUCAUCAUUGUCAUGACGCCGAGCUACGUGGUGCGGCGGGGCUGGAGCAUCUUCGAGCUGGAGACGCGUCUGCGCAACAUGCUGGUGACGGGCGAGAUCAAGGUGAUCCUGAUCGAGUGCGCCGAGCUCCGGGGCAUCAUGAACUACCAGGAGGUGGAGGCGCUCAAGCACACCAUCAAGAUGCUCACGGUCAUCAAGUGGCACGGGCCCAGCAGCAACAAGCUCAGCUCCAAGUUCUGGAAACAUUUACAGUACGAGAUGCCCUUUAAACGCACGGAGCCCAUCGUCUCCCGCGAGCAGGUGCUGGACGUGAGCGAGCAGGGCCCCUUCGGCGAGCUGCAGACGGUCUCUGCCAUCUCUAUGGCGGCCGCCACCUCCACCGCCAUGGCGACAGCGCACCCGGACCUGCGCUCCACCUUCCACAACACCUACCACACCCAGAUGCGGCAGAAACAUUACUACCGCAGCUACGAGUACGACGUCCCGCAGGGGGGCACCCUGCCCCCGCUCUCCUCCCUGGGCAGCCAGCAUACCUACUGCAACAUCCCCAUGACUCUGCUCAACGGACAGCGGGUGCAGGCCAAGCCGCCGCGCGAGUCCAGCGUGGAGGAGUCGCACACCAACAAUGCAAUGCUCCCGCUGUUGCCGCGGGAGACCAGCAUAUCCAGCGUCAUCUGGUGACAGCUCCGGGAGAAGAGCGGGCGAGGUGGGGGGGGUGCGACACCCGGGGUCUCGUUCGGCCAGGUGCCGCGCGGCUCCUCUGCCUCGGCUCCGGAAUGACUUCUUCGGCUGAACUGGCGCCGCAAUCAACAGGGAAAAAAAAAAACAAAAACAGUUGGAAAUAAAAACAUAAACGGGCAAACGCAAACAGUGUGUGGAGAGAACUGAGAAACGGACAUCCGGACACUUUUCCGCACACACACAUACACACACACCUACACACACACACACACACACACACACAUACAGACACACA